AUGCAUCACGAAUUACUUUGCGCGCUUGGACAAAUGACAAAGAAUCUUGGUUUGCUAAUAAGUGGUGCAGUUUUGUUUGCAAUUAACAAAAAUUCACCAAGAACGGUCUUAUUCUGCUAUGUUUUCCAGGAUUCCUUCUAUUUGAUUACAAAUUUGACUUGUUUCCUCUAUGCAUUAAAGAAAACUAAGUCACAAGCUGAUGAACAGAAUCAAAUAUCAGCUAAUCUUCUAUCUGAAGAUAACUAA